CAUAUACAAACAGGGACAGCAAACAAACAAAACCAAAACAAAACCAAGAAAGGGAAUGGUACAUUCUUCUUCUUCUUAAAAGAAGCAUGCUCUGCAAUUGGUUUAAAUCUUAAACAAGCUUAGGCCAAAGAAAACAGUCUGUUUGUCUUGAUUUGCCAUGUUUGAAACUGUGCAAGAAAUUGCUGUUUGCAUUCACAGGUUUCACAACCUCGACCUUUUCCAACAAGGGUGGUAUCAAAUAAGGAUCAGCAUGAGAUGGGAAGAUAGAGGGUAUACUUCUUUAGCAACCCCUGCAAGGGUGGUUCAAUAUGAAGCUCCUGAUCUGGGUGGUGAAAACGUAUAUGGGAUAUGGAAGAUUGAUGAUACAGAUAAUAGUUUCUUGACGCAGCCUUUUCGGAUUAAAUAUGCAAGACAAGAUAUUCGUUUAUCUAUCAUGAUCUCGUUCACUCUACCUCUCGGUGAAAAUGAGGGUCCAUCCACCUCUGCUGUUAUUUUGAAAUUUGAGCUUAUGCAAGCUUCCAUAACAGAGAGCAUGUUUAUGGCUUAUCCCAAUGCUUCUUCUGUUUCGGUCCAUGAAUUUCGAAUUCCUCCUAAAGCUCUUCUGGGAUUGCAUUCAUAUUGCCCUGUACACUUUGAUGCAUUUCAUUAUGUGCUAGUUGAUGCAAGCGUGCACACCACUCUAAUGACAGCUGGUUCUUUCAUGAAGGUACCCAGUGGUUCUUAUGGUCAAGAUGUUGCUGGCAAAAUUAGUGAUGGAAUCAACCAAGCAUUAGGUGAAGUGGCUUCUUUAGAUACAAAAAAGAUCAUGCUUGUUAAAGCAUUGUUGGUUUCCCGUGAUACAUUGCUUGAAGAGCUACAAAAAAUCAGCAAAGGCAUUGGACAUGCUAUUGAUUUAUCUGAUUUUAUCUCCAAUAUGGAUGAUAUGAGGAUGUUUGAUUCUAUCAUGCAAGGAAAUCUGGGUACUGCAGAUGGUGAAGUUUCAGGACAAGGAAAGCCACAUAAUGGUCUUGAGAAAGCAAAUGGCACUGCAGAUUUUCAAAGUGAUAAUUUGCCCCACAUUUCAACGAAGGCUGUUGUUGUAAACAUUUUUCAUUCAUUGGGUGCUCAACUAUCGUAUUUAUGGAAGAUUUUUUUGCGGUUCCACAGGGCAAACAAAAUAACAAUACUGGAGUUUCUGCGUGAUGUGUGGACUAAAGAUCGACGAGCUGAGUGGUCGAUCUGGAUGGUGUACUCUAAGGUUGAUAUGCCCCAUCAGUACAUAAGCAGUGGAACUGAUGAUUCCUUCUAUCAUGGCCAUAGAAGAUCUUCAAGUGUGUUGAAUCCUGCCCAGAGUGCAGCUACACGUGCUGACCUUCAUCGGCAAAGUAUUGCCCAAAUGAGGAUUAAUAAUCGGUCAAUUCAAGACAUGUACAUAUUUGGGGAUCCACUACGAAUUCCUAUAAUGAUCGUGGAACGUGUAGCUAAUGCUCCACGGCGCACUCUAAGUGAAAAUUCUUACUUUAGAAAUUUGGAACUGGUAGACUCACAUAACUUGCUUGGUGGACCUGGCGCUGAAGCUGAAGCUGGUAAGAAGCAAUCUGGUGGUGCGCUACCAAAAAAUGGUCAUGAAUUGAAGGCUGUCAUCUUUGUGCAUGGGUUUCAGGGACACCAUCUGGAUUUACGCCUUGUUCGCAAUCAGUGGCUUUUGAUAGACCCCAAGAUGGAGUUCCUAAUGUCAGAGGCAAAUGAAGACAAAACAUCUGGAGACUUCAGAGAAAUGGGACUAAGGCUGGCACAGGAAGUGAUCUCUUUCCUUAAAAAGAAAAUGGAUAGAGUUUCAAGAUCUGGUUUCUUAAGGGAUAUCAAGCUUAGCUUUGUUGGGCAUUCUCUUGGAAAUAUCAUCAUAAGAACAGCAUUAUCAGAGAGCAUAAUGGAACCAUACCUAAGAUACCUUCACACAUAUGUUUCUAUAUCUGGCCCACAUUUGGGGUAUCUCUACAGCUCGAACUCUUUGUUUAACUCUGGGAUGUGGCUUUUGAAAAAACUUAAGGGAACGCGGUGCUUUCAUCAGCUUAUGUUUACAGAUGACCCAAAUCUACAAAACACUUUCUUGUACAAACUCUGUGAGCGGAAGACAUUGGAGAAUUUCAGGCAUAUAGUACUGCUAUCUUCACCCCAGGAUGGUUAUGUACCGUAUCAUUCUGCCAGAAUUGAACUGUGCCAUGCUGCUUCCAUGGACCACUCAAAAAAGGGUAGGCUGUUCCUGCAGAUGCUGAAUAAUUGCUUGGAUCAGUUGCGAGCACCAACAUCUGAGCAUCGACUGUUCUUGCGCUGUGAUGUAAACUUUGAUACCUCUGCCUAUGGCAGGAAUUUGAACACAAUCAUUGGACGGGCUGCUCAUAUUGAGUUUUUGGAGUCUGAUGUUUUUGCAAAGUUCAUAAUGUGGUCUUUCCAGGAACUGUUCUGUUAACUGGCACAAAAAAACUACCGUCCAUUCCGCUUCAACUUUUCUAGCCAGUCUUUGGCUGGCAGUUGCUCCCUUAUUGCUGGGCAACAGGGGACGAAAAAGUGGCCAGGUGUUGGCAAUGUGAUGUCCAAGAAAAGGCCAUAUCCUUUCAUCUGGGCUGGGCAGAUGCCAGAGUUGUUGGUUGCUGUGAAUUAUUGGCCUGAGGCUAAUUCCACUUGAAGAAAGACAUGGUAUGUAAAUAUUGUUUCUGACACAUGCCAGCAGGCCCACGAUUUUUGUGCAAUAUUCAAGAGGGGGCCGGUCAUCAUCGGUUGGGAUCUCAAGCUGCACAAAGCUUACCAGUAAACUUGCACUGAAGUUUUGAAGAAUAAAAGUGUAAUUAUUUUUCUAGGUUAAACCAAGUUAGCUGGGCAAUGGAAGCACUUGCUUUCAUGGCUAGAUAAAUCCCAAAGGACAUGCUUAGGCUUUUAUAGAUGCAAUCUAUACCAGAUAGGAGGAUUAUUUUUGUAAGCAGGUCAAGGAAAUGAUGGUGAAUGCUGGGUAUAUCUUAGAUGCAGUUGGAAUUAUUUUGUUUACUACUUGCUGUUAAA